CCCGCCGCCCGCCCCGGCCCCGCAGCCCCGCCGGAGCCCCGCCGGCCGCAGCAUGGCGGAGCGGACCCGCCGCCUCGCGUCCCUCCUGCUGCUGCUCUGGGGCUGCCUCUGCGCCCCCGCCCGCGCCGGCCUCCACUUCAGGGAGGGGCAGCGCUGCUACAGGCCGGCCCCGCGCCGGGACCCCGGCCUCAGGACCUACCCCCGCCCGCACGAGUCCCUGCGGGCGGCAGCGCUGCCCCGGAGCUGGGACUGGAGGAACGUCAACGGCGUCAACUUCGCCAGCACCACGCGGAACCAGCACAUCCCCCGGUACUGCGGGUCCUGCUGGGCUCACGGCAGCACCAGCGCCCUGGCAGAUCGAAUCAACAUAAAGAGAAAAGGUGCGUGGCCUUCUGCCUACCUCUCUGUUCAGAACGUGAUCGACUGCGCCGAUGCCGGAUCCUGCGAGGGUGGAGACCACGCGGGCGUGUGGAAGUACGCCCACGACCAUGGCAUUCCAGACGAGACCUGCAACAACUACCAAGCUAAGGAUCAAAAGUGUAAGAAGUUUAACCAGUGUGGAACUUGCGUCACUUUUGGAGAAUGCCAUGUGAUAAAGAACUACACGCUCUGGAAAGUUGCUGACUAUGGCUCUGUCAGUGGGAGAGAAAAAAUGAUGGCAGAAAUCUAUGCUAAUGGACCAAUUAGCUGUGGCAUCAUGGCUACUGAGAAGCUGGAUGCUUACACCGGAGGACUCUAUAGCGAGUACAACCCCUCGCCUGUGGUGAACCACAUCGUGUCCGUGGCUGGCUGGGGCGUGGAAAAUGGAACAGAAUACUGGAUUGUUCGUAACUCAUGGGGCGAACCCUGGGGUGAAAGAGGGUGGCUGAGAAUUGUGACAAGUGCAUACAAAGGUGGAAGAGGAGGCCAGUACAAUCUUGCUAUUGAAGAGGACUGUGCGUAUGGAGAUCCUAUACUUCCUUGAUGCUCUAGCGUACGUCUUUCUGUUUAGGAACCACUACGUGUGGAAGCUUCCCAGCACCACCUUUUUUUGUUUACAUAGUCGUCAUCUAAAACUCUUUCACAGUUCAACACCAUCAGGCAGUUCUGCAAGACUAGCCCAGAUAGAUAGCCACACGCAAUGUCUUCAAAGCCAAAUAAAUACAGAGCUGCCUUUAGAUAAUUUACAACUUAAAAAAAGUAAUUUACCCAUGAAAGUGUUGUCUGCCUUGAUGCGCAGUAUUUAAAUCAUACUGACUUAAUCACGGAAACUCUGUAUGUAAAUCCCUGUAUAGUUUUUUAAAAUAUAAGUUAGGUAGACAUACUGGGAAGGAAAAACUAUACUCAAUAUUUGGGUCUAGAGCUUAUAUUAAAUUCUCUAACAGUAUUGAGCAAGUAUCAUCUCACAGCGAUGCGGACAACAAAACAGCUAAGUGUGGACACGAUGUAUUCAAAAAACUAAAUCCUCUGUUCCCUUGGCCUCCUGGUGAAGCUGCUGUCGAAAGCCUCAUAUAAUGCAGUUGCUUUUAUCCAACCAAAAUGAUAUAACAGGAAUUACUUUGAUCAAAAGACAAAAGUCUAAAUAUUUCUUAGUUAUUUAAUUAGUCUUGUCUUUGCUCAAAUUCCUUGCUUUAAUACGUGAUUGGCUGUGCCAUUUUUCUCCUAAAGCAGUAGGGUAUAAAUUGCCACAAGCCAGAACUCUUUGCUGAUUUGAAGAACGGUAGCAAAUUCUCUUCCUUAAAACUGAGACAGUUUCUAAGUGGCAAAUCAGUGCCAUAUCAAAUGUUACUAACUAGCAUUGGUAAUUGCAUUUAAUAAAUGGACUUUUACAUGA